AUGGAUGAUGAUGUGGUCGAGCUGAAUAACGUUGAAAAUCUCUGCAGACUAUGUCUAUCAUCAGACGACCCCAAGUCUCCGAUAUUCGGGCUCCAGGAGGCGUCGGUCUCGCUAGCGGAUAAAAUUCAAGCAUGUCUAUCAAUCGAGAUUUUGCUGACUGACAAAUUCUCAAAGCUGAUUUGCCUUAAGUGUCUCAAAAGCGUCAAUCAGUGGCAUAAUUAUAAGGAAUCAUGUCUCAAGUCUCAGGAAAAGCUGCAAAGGUGGCUUGUCAAGCAAGCAGAAAUUACUGUCGCUAUGCCAGCAAUAAAGACCGAGCCACUGGACAUAGAAAUAUACGAAGACAAUAUCGAGAUCGUUGAAAUGUCCGAAGAUGAAUUGAACCACGAACUACCAAAUGAUAAGAUUAAUUCAUCGGAAAUGGCCACCCGUGCGAGCCACCGGAUGGAUAUUAAUUUACACAACGCAGCAGAACCAACCGACGACGAGGAGGACCUGGAUUGUAACAUUGACGUGGAAUCAAUAAACGAGAACGAGACCGAGAGUGAACUGUUACUGAACCCAAUGGCCCUGGGCGCGAACAAGAACAUGGAACCCGACUCUACCCAAAAAUUCAACGUCCGCGCAGUCAGAAAAAAAGUACGCCGCGGUCCCCACACCCACUUCCGCGGUCCAAGAACCUUCAAGCGUCGUUGUCCCGACUGCCAGCACGUUCUCCACUCAAAAUCCUCCUACGCCCGGCAUAUAAACCGGUACCACCGCGAUGGACCCACAGCAGAGCUCUCUAAUUCUAUCCCGAACUCCCAGCACAAUGGCGCCCCCUAUCCGAGCGAAGACGCGCAGUCAGCAGCUGAAGAAAUCGAGGACGUCGAAGACGAGCUGGUCAGUCUCGAAAAAGACGCUCCCCUCACCCAGGUCCAGGAGUCAAUUAUCAGCCAGCUUAAGACCUUUUCCUGCUACGCCUGUCAGCAGUCCUUCAACGACCGUCGCAGCACUUUGAACCACAUCCGCCAGCACAUGCCCGACCUAAGACCCUACACCUGCAUCGCCUGUCUCACCGAGUUCCCCGAUCGUUCCAUUUACAAGCUCCACUGCGGCGCUUCCUUCGAAUGUGCCAUGAAGAUCGCCCUGGUGGUUCCCAAGCACGGAACAGAGAAGUACUUCACCUGCAACAUGUGCUUGAGACCCAUGCCGAACCGCAAGGAGCUGAUUGCUCACUUGUCCAAGCAUUCGGAUCGCCAGUACGAGCAGUUGACCGCACCCGGUAAGAAACCUCCCAAGUUGAAGCCAGUCAGUUCGAAUUCAAAUUCUGCUGGUCAACUUCCAGCAAAGUCUACUACUUCUAGCGCUGCUUCUACCACAAUUGGACCCUAUCGGAACGGGGAUCCAGCUCACAAUCACACCUGCGAUUUCUGUGGGAUGAUUUACCGCUACAAGCCAAAUAUGAUAAAGCACCAGGACCUUUGCAAGCGAUUGCCUCCAGAGGAACGGACUUCCUACCGUUGCGUUCAUUGCGGUAUGACUUUCCUGGUUUUCAAAAAGUUCCAGUCUCAUAUUGCUGCUGAACACAACAAAAAAGAGCUCAUUUGCUUCGUUUGUAACAGCAAAUUUCGGUACGCAAAUGAAUUUUUAAUUCACCAUCAGAAGCACCGGAUGAUAAACAAAACCGCAGAGACCCACGCGAUGAACCAUUGGAACAAAACUGUUACCAUGAAAUACGGCUGCGCUGUUUGUCCAGAGCAAUUUGAUACUAAAGCUGAGUUGGCUGAUCAUCGCACGACUCACUUGAAGGUUAAGAUCUUCUCCUGUAGCAUUUGCCGAAGAAUGUUUGGCAAUUCUCAGGCGCUUAAGGAACACAUGAGCGAGGACCAUUCUCCGGAAUUGGACCCUAAUAUUUCGGCGUUGGACUUCCUGGACCAGAGUAAUGAACUUCCGAACACCAGUAACUGGUCGGUUAACACAGACCCGGGAGCUCGAAGUACCGAGUGCACUGUUUGUGGAAAAGUAUUCGCGAAUUAUCCGAAUUUACGGAGACACAUCAGAUCGGUUCAUGCUGGUGAUGAUAGAUUCAAUUGUUCCAAGUGUACCAAAACGUUUACCAGCGAAGCGGAACUUGCUGAACACAAUGAGAACGCGCAUACUGAGGCUACCCAUCGUUGCAAGUUCUGCAAGAAGAAGUUCUCCAAUAAUCGUGCCCUGGAGUCGCAUCAGCAGACCGCUCAUGGGGUCAAUGAUAUUAAUUUGGCUUGCGAUAUUUGUGGCAAGCAAUUUGGAAAUGAAACUUCGUUGAAAAUCCAUCGAGGACAUCAUUUCCGGCGCGACUCAAGGCUCAGUAUUCGGAACAUGCCGCAUCCCAUGGACCAGGUCCAGGUUGAGAUGAACGAGUCAGUGGAGAUUGUGUCACCUAGAUCUGGUCGGAAGAAAUCUACUCACCGAAGGUCGUCUUCGCCGAAGACUUCGGAAUUAAAGUGUCAGGUUUGCGAUGACAAGUUCUCGGAUGUUCAUGAUCUGAGGAAGCAUUUGUGGGAUGUACAUUGCGCGAAGAACAAAUCUGAAAAAUCUUUUAUGGAAGAAAAUUCACUGCAGUGCGAACUUUGUACCAAUGUUCUGCCGGAUGAAAAGAGUCUGGAGGAACACAUGAAGUGGCACAAAGACAAUCCUAUUUUAUCGGAUGGAUUGCCGAGGGCUGUAGAUAUUUCUUGCGACGUUUGUGGCAAGUUUUACAGCUCGAUGAAAGCCCUGUGGAAGCACAAGAAGCUGCACAGCAAAACUGGAGUUACUAUGAAGUUUUCUUCGGUUAAAAAAGCUGCGCUUUCACAGUUCCCCUGUCCAGUUUGUAGGAAAGUAUUUGGGAACGAAACUUCAAUGAAGAAACACAAAGCGGCUGCGCAUUACGCGCGGCGCACUAUUGCUGCGCCUAUUGUUACGACAAAGGUGGCGCGAAAGUCGAUCAAUGAAGGUGAGGUUAGGCCCAAGAGACCUAAAUUAGAUUUUGAUAUUAUUCGCAAGGCUUACAAUCUAGAACCGAGCGGUUACGUCGCUGGUGGAAGUAAUAGUAAUAAUAAUAGUAAUAGUAGUAAAAAACCGGUUACUUGUGGAAUUUGCAAAAAAUUAUUACCGAGUAUGAGCUCGUUGUACAAACACCGGCAAAACGUCCAUAAAAAUUUUGACAAAUCGUUGGAGAACAACGAAGACAACAGCAGAAACGACUCAAUUUCUAGAAACGAGGAAGAGAGUCCCGGAAAAUCUCGGGUUCCUUGUACCGAGUGUGACAAAGAAUUUUCUACCUUGUCAAACAUGAAGCAACAUUUGACUAAAGUCCACGGUAACGGGAAUAAGUACCACUGCAGCGCUGAUGGGUGCAAUCAGUACUUCAACUCGCCCUUGGCUAAGCAGUUACAUGAAAAAACGCACAUGAAUGUUCUAUACAGGUGCGCUAUCUGUGCGCGUCAUAUGUUCCAGCGCAGUGCGAUGAUUCAGCACCUUACUACUGAGCACAAAGGUCAAUACUCGUCUAGUGUUGAAAAAAGCCUUUACAAGAAAACUGACUUGAGCAAUUACCAAGUUCACGGAGCUGAAGGACGUGUCUGUCCAGUUUGUAAUGUUACUUACCCUAAUAUUAAAGCCAUGAAGAUUCACUACGUUAAAAUUCAUGAAAAUAGUUAA